AUUUCGCAAGAAUUCGUUGACAAACGGCGACAACCAUUGAGCUUGCAGUCUACUCGUUGGAUUUUGUUCCGCACUUAUCCUCAGAUUAUUUACAGUUGUAUAGGUCAACGAUUUUCUUGGUGGAUAGGAUUAAGAUCGUAUAAAAAUGGCAGAUGUUGACUUAAUCGCAACUGCACAACCUCAUCUACUACCUGGGUACGCCGGUUUUUGUCCUCAAUAUAAAUUUAGAUGCGGAGAAACUUAUGGAAGUCUUACGCAUAAACUUCUACUGGAUCCUACAAUCAAUCACGCGGAGACUCUCAUCCUAUCUAACAGAGCUACAGAUGAUUACGAGGUGACGAGACCACCUAAAGACGACGUGGAAUUUGUGAACGCGCGUACCAAACGAACGGACGCAACCUUUCUUCAUCCUAUGGUUCCAGGAUAUGAAGGAUUUAUGCCAAGACUGAAUGCCAAAUACGGGCAAAGGUAUAGUGUGCUUGCCACCGAAGGCCUAGCUGAAUUCGAACGAGAGUACUUGAAAAAUAAAGCUGCGUUAAACGAAUUAAAUAAAGUGAUAUCAGUUCAAAGCGGUCAUGGCAAGCCAAGGAAUCUAAAAGACCGAUUGCUUUUAGAAAGCAAAUUUAAAUUACCUAUGUUAACUGUUCGUCCGGAUUGCGUUGGUGUUAUGAGGAAUUUACCUGUUGAUGAGCAGUGUGAGAGGCCCAGAGACCAUGCUCCAUCACCUUAUUUUAUGGAAAAUACUAAUCCUAACAAGUUCUUUAUUAGCGGAUAUGCAGGACAUAUACCGUAUGGUUAUGCUCACUUCGGCACUACAAACGUUCCAAUGACGAACUCUUCCCUGUGUGAAUUUACAACAAAUUAUAGGACAAGACAAAGUACAGAAUGGGCCCCAGUGAGUAUUUCCCGGCCUGAUCCACCUCUUCUCAUACAACCGGCUGAGAUUUACCAUAAGCACGUUGGUCUUCUUCCAAAUUACCUCGGACAUGUUCCCGGAUCAGUUUUCAGAUUUGGAAAAACGUUUGGCGCAGAUACCAAAGAUGCAAAGAGAUGGCUUCGAGGAGACUUUUCUAUAUAAUUAAUUGAUUCAUAAUUUUUAGUACCAAAUUACUAAGAAUGUUACUGCUUGUUAUAAAAAUACAGUAUAUACAGUACGAAGUGAUAUAAUGCGCGAAUCACAGCUUAAAUAAAAAAUGUACCGGUUAUAGUAUAUUCUUGAUAUAAAAGCAUACCAGAUCCACUGGUAUUAUGUCACCCAAAAAUAGUAUACGAUGUUAUCAAAUUGCUAUGAAGUACGUAUAAAAUUAAAAUACUACUACAUUAAA